CUCCCUUCUCGAUCUCUCUCUUCCGGAUGUCAGGCUCCUGUUCGCUGCAUGUUACACAUGUAAAGCUUAUCUAUGCGCUCGCAAAUCCAACAGGAUCGCUUGAAUUUCCUACAUGGACGAGUGAAGAAUAAAUCAAAAGACAGAGGAAUUAAACAUCUUGAUGUCAGGACCAGAGAGUCGGACGGUGUCCAGACUGUGAGGAGUAGAUACAGGAACAACUCCGGCCUCGGAACAUGAUCGGCUGUGAAGGACUGAACGGGUGAGAGCCUGAGAGGAGGCCGCUCCAAUGGCGUGGAUCGAGCCCCCAUCGCGUCCGGACGCAGAGCGAGAAGGACAACUGACACCUUACAAUCUCAGGACUCAAAUAUCCGCUCCAGCCCUUUCAUCAACCAUUCCUCAGGUCCAGCCUUCGAUUCUAGCACCCGUCCUCAUCCUGCUGCUCACUGCCUUUGCAGACCUCUGUAUAGCUGGUCCACCCCAGCCGGCCCGGCUCCCUCUCCUGUCUGGCCAGCCUUUCAUCAUCUUUUGGGGCAUCCCUAACUCUGCCUGCUCUGGUAAGACAGAUCCCAGAUAUUUUGGGAUGGAGCAGGAGGGCCGGGUGGCUCUCUUUUACGAGGACAUGCUGGGGAACUACCCGUAUUAUGUAGACAAAGACACUCCGGUUAAUGGGGGGCUACCGCAGCACACGCGACUUGAUAACCACCUCCAGAAGACACAGCAGGACUUGGAAGCAGCUUUACCUGCACCGAGGUAUCUUGGGUUGGGGGUGCUGCGCUGGGCAGAGUGGUCCCCCCAGUGGUUCAGGAACAGAGAGAAGCAAAUAAUGUAUCUGGAAGCAUCGAAGAACCUGCUGAAGAAUUUCUUCCCUAGCUGGACUCCGGAGGAGGUGGAGAAGUGGUCUCAGGUGGACUUCGAGGCAGCCGCCCAGGCAGUAAUGAUGGAGACGCUACGGGAGGCCAAAAGAUUACGGCCCAAAGCAUUAUGGGGUGUCUCCCCUUACCCCAGCUGCUACAACGGCGACCCUGCCCAAACCAUGCUAGCCAAUUACACCGGCCAGUGCCCUGCUGCCGAGAUGGCCCUUAACGACGAGCUUCUGUGGCUCUGGAAACGAAGCUCCGCCCUCUACCCGCUCCUCACUCUGGAGAAGCUGCAGGGCGGGACCUCAGGAGCCAGACUUUAUUCAUCCAGUCAAGUCAGAGAAGCCCUGCGAGUAUCAUCUAUCACUGGGACGGCGUUUGAUCUUCCUGUAUUCCCACUGGUCAAGAGCGUCUACACCUCAACGAACACCUUCCUCUCACAGACAGACCUGGUCAACACCAUAGGAGAAAGUGCUGCAUUGGGGACAGCUGGAGUUGUCAUCUGGGAGAGAAAUGAGACUAAAACAGAGAGAGAGUGCCAGGACCUGGCACAGUUCGUCCGCCAGGUCCUGGGACCAUAUUCCAUCAACGUGACCGCGGCCACUCGACUCUGCUCAGCCUCUCUGUGCCAGGGAAAGGGCCGAUGUGUGCGUCAAAAGCCAGAAAGCUCCGCCUACAUCCACCUCCAGCCCCCGCCUGAAGUAGUUGAGAAGGUGACGGAAAAGGCAGAGGCAGCAAAAGCCACAGAUCAGCCGGACACAGACACUAAACCAGCUGAACCAGACCCAGCGGAGGUAUGGAAGAAAGAUUUCCAGUGCCAGUGGUACAAGAUCGCAAACGGAGAUGUCUCCGAUCCACAGCCCCCCAAAGAUGGAACAUCUUUUGGGGGAACAGUGGAAGCAAACACAGUAGAAGUAAACACUGUAGAAGUUGUGGGAACUACAACAGCAUCUACAACAGCAUCUACAACAGCAUCUACAACAGCUUCUACAAUGAAAAGUGCCCCUGUGACGGAGUUAAGAGGGAGCAGUUCAGUUGAUACUGUGAGUCCAUCGCCUUCACUGGAGGUACCUACAGACGCUGGUACGAAUCCCCCGAGUGCCCCACACCUGACUGUUCUGCUGCUGCUGGUGAUUGGACAUCUGUGCCUGGAACCCUAAAAUGUGAAAUAAACCUGCCUUCACCAGGAAGGAACAGCCCUUCUUAAGUGCCCUUGAGCAAGACACUGAAUCCCUACUUUGCUGCAGAUGAGCUGCUUUUAGCUGAACAUGAACUUGGGAGAUCAAAAGUAAAAAACAUUAUGUCCAGUCCUUAUCACUGGAUGUGCCAAGAGACAGUGGUAUAAAUACUGGCUGCAUUUUAAACCUGUUUUUUCCUGAAAGGAGAAACAACGUUCCAGAUCAUUAUCAUUUUUAUUAUGAUUAUUAUUGUCAUGUCAAAACACCAGUCUCCCAACAACAAAUACAUGAAAACAGUCUGUAAAACUGUAACUGUACUUGUUAGUGCCCUUAUGUUGAAACAAGUUAUUCAUUAUAAGGCCAUCAUUUACAAAUCCACAUUUCACAAGGACCAUUUCAGUGAAAGUUAUUAAUUUAAGAUCAAAACCACUGACAAUGAAGUGUAAAUGAUCCAGAUUAACACAAACUAUUCAUAAAUACCUUUUCAAUUCUUUGAGCAUUACAAGUAUAUUACAUUCUCUUCUUUUUACUGAAGUUUCAGAAAAAAUCUCAAAAAACAGAUUAAAACUGGAUAAAAUAAAACUAGAAUGGUACUCAGUGAGCACAUACCUACUAUAAAUGAUGGGUGUAGAUGCAGAUAAAAGACUAUCUGCAUCUACCCAUUCCUCCACAUCUUUGUCGGAAGCAUGUUGAGUAGUUUUUGUGUAAUCCUGCUGACCAAUAAACCAACAAAAGAUCUGACGCAGGUGAAAACAUAAAACACACGAGGUAAAUGGUAACUGACUGCAUUUGUUUGGAAUUUGGGUGAACUGACGUAACUGGCUGACCUUGAGGAGCUGUUGCAAAUAUUUUUCAUUUGUGCUUUAAUCUAGAGUUAAACGUAUAUAGACAGAUCUCUAAAUGAGAUUGCAAUCAAAGAGAAUUUGUGUAAAUUUUGGCGUAGAAAUAUUUCAUAUUCUCAAAAACACCCAUUGGUGUAAUUUAUCACUAUAAGGUAGAUGACUGUGAGAGACAUAUGUGCUGAGCUGCAGCGCAAAUGAUCAGAGAUGUCUGGCACCAUUCAACACAGUCCUCUCUGAAAUGUCACAGUCGGAAAAGCACAGACGUAAACAAUGAAAUGAAAAAUGGCUGGAUUCCAUUUAGCUGCUUGCGGUUCAGAGAGCUGGUGCUGGGCAUGCUGGCUCACUGUCACGGCUUAGUGGGGCAUUUUAAUAGCAAACACCCAUCAGUAAUGCUAUCAGUGACACCGGUGCUCUUCCUACAAAGGUAAGUCAAUGUGUCUGAGUCCCACCAGCAAGUAAUGAAGGCUCCUUUACGUACUGUAUGAUGUUGGCUAAUGGCUAUGAAUGCAGUAUCUGUUCUUUCGACAGACAUAUCUCUGAGGAAAUAAAGAAAAACACACAUAAUAAGUCAGCAUUAUUUAUGUAAAUAUAUUUUUAUAAGUCUGUGUUGUUUAUAUCUUUUUUCUUUCUCACCCACAUCCUGCAGUGCUCCCUGAGGCAGAAUAUCGUACAAAAGACUCAAAUGUUUGUUUUUGCAGCUCAUGUAAAUUUAUUUGUUAUUUUUCAUUAAAAUAUACACU